AUGAGUGCCGAUCUUCAGUCCCAGAAGAUCAUGGAGGAGAAGAACUCCACCCCGGUCGACGAGACCACCCUCGACCUGCCGCCGCUGGAUCAACUGCAAAAGGGCCGUUGGGAGCGCACCUGGCCCACCAUCGCCUGUGGUGCUGGUCUGUUCUCUGACGGCUAUCUGAAUGGAGUCAUUGGCCAAGUUAACACCAUUCUUGGGAUGCUCUACCCAGAUACCUAUGCCAAGUCUCCGGCCAGCCAAAAUGUCUCGGCCAUUGCCUUUGCGGGUACCGUUGUCGGUAUGCUGAUCUUUGGCUACACCAGUGACCACUGGUCGCGGAAGUGGUCGCUCAUGAUAUCCACCAUCAUCCUGUUCGUCUUUGCUGCUCUGUGUGCUGGUUCCUAUGGUUUGAAUGGAAGUCAGUAUGGCAUGUUCGCCGCCCUGACCGCAUACCGUUUCUUUAUCGGCGUGGGAAUUGGUGGUGAAUACCCUGCUGGCUCUGUCGCGGCAGCCGAGAACUCUGGCGAGCUCAAGAAGGGCCACCGUAACCGUUGGUUCAUCAUGUUCACCAACUUUCAGAUCGACUUUGGGUUUGUUGUCUCAGCCUUGGUGCCUUGCAUCCUGGUGUUGAUCUGCACGGAGAAUCAUUUGCGCUUGGUUUGGCGUCUGUCUUUGGGUUUGGGCAUUAUCCCUCCCCUGAGUCUGCUGUAUCUCCGUCUCAAGCUGGAGGAGCCUGAGGAGUUUAACCGCGAGCGGAUGCACAAGUUCCCGAUCUGGCUGAUCAUCAAGUUCUACUGGUUCCGCAUGGCCGUCGUCUCUCUGGUCUGGUUCAUCUACGAUUUCUCGUCUUAUUCCUUCGGUCUUUACUCCUCUGAGUGGAUCGGGAUUAUCACUGGCGAGGAUGCACCCUUGUGGAAGACCUUUGGCUGGACCACUCUGACGUACCUGUUUUACCUUCCCGGCUCCGGGGUUGGUGCAUAUGUGAGCGACUGGAUCGGUCCUCGCAAAUGCCUUGCCCUCGGAGUGCUUCUCCAAGGUAUUGUUGGGUUCAUCAUGUCUGGAUGCUACAAAUUUCUUGCGACAUCCGCGAAUGUGGGUGGCUUCGUGGUAGUCUAUGGUAUCUUCCUUGCACUGGGCGAGCUUGGCCCUGGUAAUAACCUGGGCCUGUGUGCAGCCAAGAGUAGCGCGACUGCCAUUCGUGGUCAAUACUACUCGUAUUGUGCCGCCAUUGGUAAGGUUGGUGCGUUCGUGGGUACCUACGUUCUGCCCAUUGUCCGGAACAACGCCCCCAACCCUGUUCGCGCGGGCCAGGAUCCGUUCUUCGUCUCCAGCUCGCUAUGCAUCUUCAGUGCUUUCCUGGCAUACUUCCUGCUCCCCCAAAUUGACCAGGAUACCAUCACCACCGAGGAUCAGCGCUUCCGUGAGUAUCUCGCUCAGAACGGCUAUGACACCUCGACCUUGGGCAACAAAGACAAGAUCACCACACAGGAGACUGUCGCCCGUGAUGACCUGGUGUAA